AUGUGGUAUGCUUAAAUACUCAACUCACUUGAAGUUGAUGACUUCUCAGAAGAGUUGCUCCAAGACAUAACCAAUCAUCUUCAAUCCAUAUCUGUAACUGAUUUCUCUAAGGGAUAUUAAAUCAUUGUUACAGAACUAGCAGAUAUGGGAUAUGAAUUUAUGUCUAAGAAUUAAUUACCAAGCACUCAAUUAAUAAUUUAAUAUCUAUAGCUAUGGAAUCAAGAAGUAUGCACCUUCUCCAACUUAUGGGUUUUAUAGAAUCUAGAGAUUGCUUACUAAAUUAAGAUUAAUCGUAUUACAUAAGCAAGAGCUCGUCUACUGGCAUUAAUUGAUGAAUAAUAAUAUUAUAGCAUAGGGGGAACAGUGUCUUAAAUUUAUGAAUCUGCUUUAUCUCUUUAUCACUUUUGUACUAUAGAUAAUUAGAGCAAACAAUAAGCAUUAUAAGCAAUUCUGAAACUGUAACAACUUAUAAUUAAGUCUUUGGAACCCAAGUUAGAUAAAAAGGUACAUCUAUUAAUGGCAAAAUUAUAUGAAAGAAUGGCUCAAUUAGAAAAGGGAGCUUAUGAAUCAAAUCAAUUCUGCAUUUAGGCUUAUAAAGUAGCUAGUCAAGUUCUUACUCCAGAUGAUUCCUUAUUACAAUAUUAUGAAUCACAUAUUCAAAUAGACAAUUAACAAUCACAAAUUCCUAAACCAUUAUCAAUUACUCAUUUAUAAGAGAACACAGUUUUAUUAGAAGAGAGAGAUGUGGUAAUUAGUGAUUAAGCAGGUUCAAUGAGAGUUACCUAUAAUCAUAAAGCUAAAGAGCUUACGAUAUUGUUUUUAAAUCUGAGAUGUAUAUUUAAUUUAUCAGAUAUUGAGAAUGAAAUUACAAUAUACAAUUUAUAAAGUCUACCUGUCUUUUUAAAUGAAUUUGUAAAUGUGGUAAGUUAAUAAUUGAUUCUUGAAGAAACAUUAAUAAUGUCAACUAAUAUUUUAGGAUUAGAAUCAUAUGAAAAAUAAGUUCAAAUUACACAAAAAACAAGAGGACAUUAUUUUGCUUACUUCACAGAAUAAGUACUAGAUUAUAUGGAUGAUGAAUCAGUACAACCACUAUUGAUCUAAUGA